AUGGCGGACUUAUCGAACACCAAGCUCAACUAUGUUACCUUCAAUCAGGACCACAGCUGUUUGGCUGUCGCCACCAGCAGGGGUUUCCGAAUUUACCACACCGACCCUUUCAGCAAGAUAUUCAACAGUGAUGAAGGCAAUGUCACUAUUAUCGAGAUGCUGUUUUCGACCUCGCUCGUCGCCAUGGUCCGCUCACCGCGCCAUUUGGUAAUACAAAACACCAAGCGCGGUUCCAUAAUCUGUGACCUCACCUUCCCGACCGCCGUGCUAGCCGUUCGCCUAAACCGGAAAACAUUAGCUGUGGUGCUGGAAGAGGAGAUUUACGUUUAUGACAUAGGCAACAUGGCCUUGAAGCACACUAUCGCGACGUCGCCGAAUCCGAACGCUAUCUUCGCUCUAUCGCCCAUGUCGGACAGGAGCUACAUCGCUUAUCCUAUGCCCAAGCCGCGCGAGGAUCAAGGCGAGAGGCGGCCCGCACACGCGCCUCCCCUCUCGGAAUACGUGCCGCCCACCUCCGGGGCUCUCAUGGUCUUCGACACGACGGCUGGAAAGGCCGUCAACGUCAUCGAGGCCCACAAAAUGCCCCUGUGCUGCAUCGCCCUGAAUCACGAGGGCACAAAGGUGGCUACGGCGUCGGAACGGGGCACGAUUGUGCGAGUCCAUUCCGUCCCGGAAGGCCAUAAACUCUUCGAGUUCCGCCGUGGGACCAUUCCGUCAACCAUCUACAACAUGUCAUUCAACCUCAGCUCCACCCUGUUGUGCGUCUCGUCCAGCUCCGAAACAGUCCACAUCUUCCGUCUGGCCAGCGCGCAAAACGCUAAUGCCGGAGGCGCUGGCCCAGCCGCGCUGGAAACCCCGGGCAGCCCUCGCGCCAACCGCUGGUCACGAUCUAAGAGCAUUGACGGCAGCGAGUACUCGCCCAGCGGCGAUUCCGACUCAUCACCUCGGGGCGAGACGCCCGAGGCCGGGCCCAGCGGUCCCUCGGCGGCUAGGAGGCAAAGCGGGACGUUUGGGAGCAUGCUCCGCCGGUCGUCACAAAUCGUUAGUCGCAGUGUGGCUGGGGCCGUCGUGCCUUAUCUACCCCAGUCGGUGGCCGAGAUGUGGGAGCCGCAGCGCGAUUUUGCGAGCGUCAAGAUUCCCAAGCCGACCAAUGCGGGAGACGCCCUUUUAGGCCCGUGUUUGUGA